AUGUCGAAAGAAACCCCACUGUCAGUGGCGGAGCGGGAGUUCAUCCUCGAAGCUUUGCUUGAGAACAUCCGUCUCGAUGGGCGUGAUGCCGACGCUUUUCGCCCUCUCUCAGUGACAUUUGGUGAGGAAUAUGGACAUGUCGAAGUCCAACUCGGACAGACAAGUCUGGUCGUGCGCAUAUCCGCCGAAGUAUCCAAACCCCGCGAUGACCGCCAAAGCGAUGGGACGUUUUUAAUUGCGAUGGAGCUCACAGCUAUGGGAUCUCCUGCAUGGGAAAAUCUUCGACAAAGUGAGCUUGAGACUUAUGUGUCGCGAGUACUUGACCGGGUUAUCCGUCACUCCAAUGCCCUCGAUACGGAAUCUUUAUGCGUAUUGAAAGGCAAAAGCUGCUGGAAUAUASGAGCCGAUGUCCAUGUCACCGACUUUGAUGGCAAUCUUAUCGACUCCGCCUGUAUCGGCAUUAUGGCUGGUCUACAACAUUUUCGACGUCCCGACAUCGAGGUCAAAGACGGCCAGGUUACAGUAUUUGGCAUUAACGAACGAGUACCAGUACCAUUGAACAUCACCCACAAACCUUUAGCAAUCACAUUCCAGUCUUUUCACGAAGGAAAGGUUCUCAUUUUAGAUGCCACCCGCAAAGAGGAACAAGCAUCUGAAGGCGACCUGAUCAUUGCACUUAACAACACCGGCGAGACAUGUGCUGUUUAUAAGUCUGCGGGCAGCCCAGUGAGCGCACUCGAAGUCAUCAACAAAACCAAUCUUGCGCAACAGAAAGUGCUGGAACUAAACGGUAUAAUAAGCAAAGCACUUGAAGCUGACCUAGCCCGGCGCGCAAAAUUGAACCGCGCGUCAGAGGCCAAUGCAGAGAAUGAUCGUGAAGGCUGCCUGCGCGGCGAUCCUGACAUUGGCCCACCCUACGAAAUUCGUGGCGGCAUGCUCAUCUUCGCCGCAACGGCGAUGCGACCGCUCGACCAUUGUACGAUGGCCAGCGGUCGGCCCCCUGGAAGUCAUUCAUCCGCUGGCCGGAAUGGAGGCGACUUACUGCAGCUGGACGAGAGCAGCAACGCGUCCGUUUACAACMCCGGCCAGCAUCCGCCGGUAGGCGAUGACCGACUUUUAGAGCAAUAUAACAUCGACGAUUCCGACCAGCCGCGACCGUCAGUUUCGUACGAUGAUUUCGUGGGAGGUAGACACCCGGCCGGUGCUGGGGCGCAUCCCAACACAGGAUUGCAUGUUGAGCAUCCGGCCGGAAGUGAUCCAUAUCUCGGUGCACCCGCACAUCGCACUUAUUCUCAGACGUCCGGUCUGAGUAAUUUCCAGAGAUACUCGGAUAUUGAUGAUUACGAUGAUGAGCACAUGCACGAUUACUACAAUGAUGUGGACGAGAAUAUAUCAAGCGGUCGAGUACGGCAACAACAUGAACGGAAUAGUAUUUUGGGCCUGGGUGGUGGACUGAUGGGUCGAGCGAAAAACAUGCUCGGCAUGGGUAAUGAAUACUCGGAGAUGGACCUCCCUUUGACGGAAGCUGGAGCCCGGGGAUCAAGAAUACAAGAUGACAGUAGCGUCAAACAGGCAAAGAGGAAAAGUUCGGGCUUCAGAUUUGGUAGACGAAAAGUUGAUCCAUCCACUCUCGGACCAAGAAUUAUCAUGCUCAACAAUGCGCCUGCCAAUUCCUCGCAAAAAUACGUCGACAACCAUAUCUCGACAGCCAAAUACAACAUCAUCACUUUUAUACCCAAGUUUCUAUAUGAGCAAUUCUCCAAAUACGCCAACUUGUUCUUCUUGUUUACCGCUUGUCUGCAACAGAUCCCGAAUGUUACGCCCACGAAUCGAUAUACCACGAUCGUACCGUUAUGUCUUGUGCUGUUGGUGUCGGCUAUUAAAGAACUGGUCGAAGAUUAUAAACGAAGAUCUUCUGACACUUUGUUGAACACGUCCAAAGCUCUGGUCCUCAAAGGCUCCCAGUUUCAAGAGACCAAGUGGCUGGAUGUCGCUGUAGGCGAUAUCAUCCGCGUGGAAUCUGAACAGCCGUUCCCUGCAGAUCUCGUCUUACUGGCAAGUUCCGAGCCUGAGGGUCUAUGCUAUAUCGAAACCGCCAAUCUCGAUGGUGAGACCAACCUCAAAAUCAAACAAGCCAUCCCUGAAACGGCGCAUCUUGUGAACCCCAGCGAUCUCAGCAGACUGAGUGGACGGCUACGAUCUGAACAGCCUAACAGUAGCCUCUACACAUACGAAGCUACAAUGACAAUGCACGCUGGUGGCGGCGAAAAGGAGCUCCCAUUGACACCAGAACAGCUCCUUCUCCGUGGCGCUACCCUCCGUAACACACCCUGGAUUCACGGUAUCGUCGUGUUCACCGGUCACGAGACGAAGCUGCUGCGGAAUGCGACGGCUACUCCUAUUAAGAGAACUGCUGUCGAACACACCGUCAAUUUGCAGAUUUUGAUUCUAGUCGCAAUCCUCAUCACCUUGAGUGUCAUUACGUCAGUCGGCGAUUUGAUUACUCGUAAAACAUCGGGUGAUAAGCUGUCAUAUUUGGAUUACGGUAACUAUAAUGUCGUCAAGCAGUUCUUCCUGGACAUUGCGACAAAUUGGGUCCUCUUCUCGAAUUUGGUUCCGAUCUCCCUCUUCGUCACCAUUGAAAUUGUCAAGUAUUUUCAGGCUCUUCUUAUUAAUUCGGAUUUGGAUAUCUACUACGACAAGAAUGAUACUCCGGCAACAUGUCGGACGUCAUCGUUGGUUGAAGAACUCGGUCAGAUUGAGUAUAUUUUCUCAGACAAAACAGGAACCUUGACCUGCAAUAUGAUGGAAUUCAAGCAGUGCACGAUCGGUGGAAUUCAGUAUGGCGGCGAUGUUCCAGAAGACAGAAAAGCAGGCCCGGGUAACGAACUUGGUAUUCACGAUUUCAAACAGCUGCAGGAAAAUCUCAAGUCGCACCCAACAGCAGAGAUCAUUCAUCAAUUCUUGGCUUUGUUGGCAAUCUGCCACACUGUGAUUCCCGAAAGGAGAGAUGACAGACCCGGUGAGAUAAGGUAUCAGGCCGCCUCUCCCGAUGAGGGUGCGCUGGUCGAAGGUGCUGUCAUGCUUGGAUACCGAUUCACGAAUCGUAAGCCACGAGCCGUGCAAAUCACUGUGAAUGGUCAAGAGUACGAGUACGAAUUGUUGGCGGUGUGCGAAUUCAAUUCGACGAGAAAGAGAAUGUCCACCAUUUAUCGAUGCCCGGACGGAAAGGUCAGAGUUUUCUGCAAGGGUGCCGAUACCGUUAUCUUGGAACGCCUUCACCCGGAUAAUCCGAUCGUUGAGGCCACACUGCAGCAUCUGGAAGAAUAUGCCACUGAAGGUUUGCGGACAUUGUGUCUGGCAAUGCGUGAGGUUCCAGAAGAUGAGUUCCAGCAGUGGCUUCAGAUUUACGACAAGGCUGCAACUACCGUCAGCGGCAAUCGUCAGGACGAGCUAGACAAGGCAUCCGAACUCAUUGAAAGGGACUUUUACCUUCUUGGCGCCACGGCUAUCGAGGACAAGCUCCAAGACGGUGUGCCAGAUACGAUUCACACUCUUCAGCAAGCCGGUAUCAAGGUCUGGGUCUUGACGGGUGAUAGACAGGAGACUGCCAUCAAUAUUGGCAUGUCCUGCAAGCUGAUCUCAGAAGACAUGUCUCUUUUGAUCGUCAAUGAAGAGAACGCCGCUGCAACGAAUGAGAAUUUGACGAAAAAACUGUCCGCUGCUCAAAGCCAACUCAGCUCUGGAGGCGAGAUGGAGCCUCUUGCGUUGAUUAUCGACGGUAAAUCGUUGACCUUUGCUCUGGAAAAGGAUAUGGAAAAACUCUUUUUGGAUUUGGCUGUUAUUUGCAAGGCCGUCAUUUGCUGUCGAGUCUCGCCCCUUCAAAAAGCUCUUGUCGUCAAGCUUGUCAAGCGUCACAAGAAGGCGCUCCUCUUAGCCAUUGGUGACGGCGCCAACGAUGUUUCCAUGAUUCAAGCUGCCCAUGUCGGUGUCGGUAUCAGUGGUCUUGAAGGUCUUCAGGCUGCUCGUGCUGCUGACAUUUCAAUUGCACAAUUCCGAUUCUUGCGUAAACUUCUUCUUGUUCAUGGUUCAUGGUCAUAUCAUCGUAUCAGUCAAGUCAUUUUAUUCUCGUUCUACAAGAACAUUGCCUUGAACAUGACUCAAUUUUGGUAUUCGUUCCAAAAUGCCUUUUCUGGCGAGGUUAUUUACGAAUCAUGGACAUUGACCUUCUUCAACGUCAUCUUCACCGUCCUCCCACCGUUUGCGCUCGGUAUCGUGGAUCAGUUCGUUUCCGCAAGACUAUUAGAUCGAUAUCCUCAGCUCUAUCAACUCGGCCAGAAGGGUGUAUUCUUUAAGAUCAGAAAUUUUUGGGCUUGGAUCGCCAAUGGUUUCUACCACUCACUGAUUGCCUACAUCAUCGGCGAAUGUAUCUUCUACAACGACCUCAAGGAGAAGAACGGUAUGGCCACCGGCCACUGGGUCUGGGGCACAGCCAUGUAUACAGCCGUGCUCGUGACGGUGCUCGGAAAAGCAUCUCUAAUCACCAACACUUGGACCAAGUACCAUCUGAUGGCAAUCCCGGGGUCUUUACUGCUGUGGAUUGUAUUUCUACCUGCUUACGGUUACGCCGCGCCCGCCAUUGGCUUCUCCACCGAAUACCAUGGCAUCAUCCCCGUUGUCUUCUCUAUCCCACAAUUCUACCUCAUGGCCGCUUUGCUGCCUGUCGUCUGCCUCAGCCGCGACUUCGUUUGGAAAUACGUCAAACGAAUGUACAGGCCACAACCAUACCACCACGUGCAAGAAAUACAAAAAUACAACGUGCAAGAUUACCGACCUCGCAUGGAACAAUUCCAAAAGGCCAUCCGCAAAGUCCGCCAGGUGCAACGCAUGCGCAAACAGCGUGGUUAUGCAUUUAGUCAGGCUGAUGAAGGUGGCCAGCAAAUGAGGAUUGUCAAUGCUUACGAUACGACAAAGAGUCGUGGUCGGUAUGGCGAGAUGGGCAGUUCACGGCCAUUGCAAUGA